UUCCUGUCGAAGGCAUAUAUAAAUAUGCAAGUUGAGUUUCUUGAUGUUUACUUGAGAAUAUUUUGUUAAUCCUUCGAUCGUUCUUGAUUUCCUCUUUAUAUAUUUCAAUUCUUUGCAGACUUUUCUUUAUCAAAUUAUAUCAUUAAUUCCAUAGAUAUAUACAUCUUUCGUCUAUCUUUAGCAAAAAAAAAUGGCUACCACAGAUAUGAAAUAUCAUAAUAGCAUUUCAGCAUCAUCAACUUCACCGGCGGAAGAUUUGAUCUCAUUGGAGAACCCAGAAUCUGAUAAAACCCCAUGCUUCCGUCUUGUCCAAUCAUUUCGAAACCAUUACCCUCCUCGUUUUAUCAAAAAGGUGGUAGCAGAAGUGAUAGCAACGUAUUUAAUGGUGUUCGUGACAUGCGGGAGUGGUGCUGUAAGCUCAAGUGACGAACAGAGAAUAUCAAAACUGGGAGCUUCCAUAGCAGGAGGGCUUAUAGUUACUGUCAUGAUCUAUGCUGUCGGACAUGUUUCCGGUGCACAUAUGAACCCUGCCGUCACUCUAGCUUUUGCUGCUGUCAGACAUUUUCCAUGGAAACAGGUGCCAUUUUAUGCAGCCGCACAACUAACAGGAGCAAUAUGUGCAUCAUUUACAUUAAAAGUGCUACUGCAUCCUAUAAAACAUAUUGGAACCACUUCACCUUCAGGUUCAGAAUUUCAAGCUCUUGUAAUGGAAAUUGUGGUUACAUUUACUAUGAUGUUCGUCACUUCUGCUGUGGCAACUGAUACUAAAGCUAUAGGAGAGUUAGCUGGCUUAGCAGUUGGCUCUGCAGUGUGUAUAACAUCCAUCUUGGCCGGACCAGUAUCAGGAGGAUCAAUGAACCCAGCAAGAACACUAGGACCGGCCGUUGCUAGUGCAUACUACAAGGGGAUAUGGGUCUACUUUGUUGGACCACCGCUUGGAACAUUGCUUGGUUCACUAGCUUAUAAUCUCAUUCGAGCCACUGACAAGCCAGUCCAAGCCAUUUCUUCCCGUUCAUUUUCGGCAAAACUUCGCCGACUUAGAAGUAACGAUGAAGAUCAACCUACCAUUAAAGAUCCCCUUGAUGCACUGUGAAAAAACUGACAUCAUAAAUGUAAAAGGGAUGAAGUAAAAAGAUUGCAACUAGAAAUUAUAUUGUCUAUCUGAACCAUAGCUAGAACGUGUACCUGUAUUCCAAGUUCGCUGCUUGUAUUGCAAGUUCCAUCAAUGUUGUAGAUUCGGCUUUUAUCUAAUGUAGUAAUGACUAAUGAACAAUUUAUA